AUGGGUUGUAUCAUUAGCCGGAGGCGACCCGCCGGACCUCCACCUCCGGCGCCGGAAAACCCAACUCAUCGCCGCCGUGCUUCUUCCCUUUCCUUAGGAAGGGACUCUCUUUCUCCUAAUACUAGUACUAGUAGUAAGCUUCCUCGUUAUUCGUCUAACUUCUCUACGACUGAGCUCCGGCGCCACGUCAUCGACCCUUAUGGAGGUGGGCCCACUACCCAUCAUGGGUGGCCCACUUGGCUUGCUGACGCUGUUGGUGAUGUCAUUAAUCGGUUCUCCCCUCGCCGUGCUAGUACCUUCCAAAAGCUCGAUAAGAUUGGGCAAGGAACGUAUAGCAAUGUAUAUAAAGCAAGAGAUUUGGUAACAGGGAAUAUAGUGGCAUUGAAGAAGGUUAGGUUUGAUAAUUUAGAGCCUGAAAGUGUAAAGUUUAUGGCAAGAGAGAUUAUAGUAUUGAGCAAACUUGAUCAUCCUAAUGUUAUUAAGCUUCAAGGUUUAGUUACUUCUCGAAUGUCUUCGAGUUUAUAUUUGGUUUUUGAUUACAUGGAGCAUGAUCUUUCUGGCCUUUCUGCUUCACUUGGUGCUGGUAAUAAGUUCACUGAGCCACAGGUAAAGUGUUUCAUGAAGCAGCUAAUAUCUGGGCUUGAGCAUUGCCACAACAAUGGAAUUCUGCACCGUGACAUUAAAGGCUCCAAUCUCUUAAUUGACAAUGAAGGAGUUCUUAAGAUAGCUGAUUUUGGAUUAGCUACAAUUUACAAUCCUAGUCAAAAGCAACCUAUGACCAGUCGAGUUGUCACCCUGUGGUAUCGUCCUCCAGAACUGCUUCUUGGAGCCACAAAUUAUAGUGUUGGUGUUGACCUUUGGAGUGCUGGCUGCAUUCUGGCAGAAUUACUAGCUGGAAAGCCAAUUAUGCCAGGGCGGACCGAGGUAGAGCAGCUUCACAAGAUAUUCAAGUUGUGCGGCUCUCCUUCUGAAGAGUACUGGAAAAAAUAUAAGCUACCAAAUGCUACUCUUUUCAAGCCACAGCAGCCCUACAAGCGUUGUAUUUCAGAGACCUUUAAAGAAUUCCCCCCUUCUUCCCUCCCACUGGUUGAUUCACUUCUUUCAAUAGAUCCUGAAGGACGAGGCACUGCUACUGACGCUUUAAAUGGUGAAUUCUUCUCCUCUGAACCUCAUGCUUGUGAGCCGUCUACUUUGCCAAAGUAUCCUCCCAGCAAAGAGUUAGAUGUAAAGCUACGGGAUGAAGCUGCAAGAAGGCAAAGGGGCUUAAGUGGAAAAUCUAGCAUUGCUGAUGGUGCCAAGAGAGUUAGAAUACGUGACCGGGCUGGCUGUGCAAUUCCUGCUCCAGAGGCAAAUGCUGAGCUACAAACAAAUUUGGAUAGGAUGAGAUUUGUGACACAAGCAAAUGCAAAGAGCAAAAGUGAAAAGUUCCCUCCGCCCCAUCAAGAUGGAGCUGUUGGAGUUCCUCUGGAUACUGCCAGUAACGGUCCUCUGUCCUUUGGCCCAACUGAGCAUUCCUUUGAUACAUCACAUUUGAAGCCUGCAUUGUCAAAGUCAAGAAGUGUAACGCCUGCUGAGGGGACUUCAAGGAAGAAGAGAACCAGUAAAGAUCAGGACUUGGCUUCGUCGUGGAAAUUCUUCCAUGCAUGGAAACCAUCAACCAUUGGGCUGUCUAUGGAUCUAAUGUUCAAGGGUAAAGGGUCAAUGACACGGGUAUCUAGCAGUAGAAAGUAAGCGCGCAUAUUCAACUUCUCCCUUACACAAACUGAAGGGACAUUCUUCAAUCGUAACUGUGGUCAUAAAAUUUUUACUUUUUUAAGUUAUGGAGGUGUAGUAUGGAACGCAACCGUGCUGGAAGUUUUUGUAUACUAAUACACAAGGUUAGUUGUACAGUUGGUCAUAGCUAAUGCUACCUAUUUUGAUGUGUCUGAUAUUGUCUAUAUGCUACGAAGUUUCUAUUAGUGACUCAUUCAAAAUUAAAAUUAUUUACCCCUUCGUUUUAAAGCUA